UCACUUGCAGUUACUUGCAAUCCAGGCUCGGCGCUGCAUUCAAGCAUCCCUACGUUUUCGCCAAGCAUUUCAUUCGGAUCUGCAGGAUUCAACCCACAGCAAUUAUUUUGCAACCGAAAGGGACCCAUAGUAUGAUAACUUUAAUUUGAGUUGAUUUGGUUUCUUUCAUUUUUAUUUUUGUUCAUUCGAUAUCAUCGUUUUUUCUUAAUUUUUCUACUCUCAUCCACAGUUCAUUUGCAGCCAGUUUGCACAUCACCAGCUCAAAGGGGAAUACUAUACCUCGAGCCGUUCUCUCUCUUGUCUGCUGCUAUUCGAGAGAAGCUCGCGCACUUUGGAUUGGUACCUUGGCUGGUUUACCUAGAACCCGACAAACUGGGGAUUUAAUAGGCUAUUUGCGUCUGCGCUUGUGGAAGUGGACAUCGGCGGCGACACGGGUCGCCUUUCUGUUGUAAGGAAUGUACCCGGUGCUAAGGUCUGCUCACUGAGGGAGAAUAUCAACGCGCUCUCUUCUCGACUCCCUCUGUAUGAAAGACUGCCGUGCGCCUCUGGUUUUGUAUUCCCGAGGAGCUCUUAUAAAGGGACUAACUCGGCACCAGGUCCUUUCUUGGAAAUGCUCUAUAUUUGAUCGCCGUACGCAUUUGCUUCUUCGUCCCUUUUUAGCUUAUUUGAUCGGGAUAUAGAGUCUAAUUGCCUCGGUCAUUCUCUUGUGCGUUUCACGUCUCUUUUUUUUGGACAUAUCAUUUCGGAACGGAUUGUGACCCUCCCCGAAGACAGCAAUAAUGGGGGACUCGAUGUGGAGAUAUUAUUUUGGAGUUUUGUUUAUUGCGUGCAAGGUGAACUUGUCCCGGGCGAUAAUUCUGGAGUCCAUAUAUUGGAACACAACAAAUACCAAAUUCGUGCCAGGGCAGGGCCUGGUGUUAUAUCCUCAGAUCGGAGAUAAAUUGGACAUAGUGUGCCCACGGGUGGACGGAGGGGUGCGUGAUGGGGUGGAGUAUUACAAGAUCCACAUGGUUCCCAGGGAGCAGCUGGAGAGCUGCACCAUCACCAAGGCUGACACGCCGCUGCUCAACUGUGACAAGCCUGACCAGGAUGUCAAGUUCACACUCAAGUUUCAGGAGUUCAGCCCCAACCUGUGGGGCCUGGAGUUCUUCAGAGGGAAAGACUACUACAUCAUCUCAACAUCAAAUGGCACAAUGGAGGGCCUGGAGAACCAGGAAGGAGGGGUGUGCAAGAUGAAGUCCAUGAAGAUAAUCAUGAAAGUGGGACAAAAUCCCUCUGACCCUAUCUCACCCAAAGACUACCCCACUAGAUACCCUCCCAAGCACCCCGACAAGGAGUCAUACAAACCAAACGAAGUGCUGGAGAAGAAAGGUCCGUCGUACAGGGAGGGUGAGGGCGACCAAGGGACGGGCGGGAAAUCCUCCAGUGUCAUCGGCUCUGAAGUGGCCCUGUUUGCCGGCAUCGCCUCGGGCAGCGUUAUCUUCAUCAUCAUCAUCAUCAUGCUGGUCGUGCUGCUGCUCAAGUACCGGCGGCGGCACCGCAAGCACUCGCCACAGCACGCCACCACGCUGUCCCUCAGCACACUGGCCACGCCCAAACGGGGCGGCAGCGGCAACAACAACGGCUCGGAGCCCAGUGACAUCAUCAUCCCGCUCAGGACUGCAGACAGCGUCUUCUGCCCACACUACGAGAAAGUCAGCGGGGACUACGGUCACCCGGUGUACAUUGUUCAGGAGAUGCCCCCCCAGAGCCCCGCCAACAUCUACUACAAGGUCUGAGCUCAGCUCCACCCACCCCCCCUCCCCCCAGGCACCGCUCCUCCGUGAACGCCCCCCAGAACGCUCUAGCUCUCCUUCCUCCCCCACAUCUCUGUUGUUUUUCUUGUUGAACUUUACUAUUCCUGUUAUUAUUCUUCAUUGUUGGGAUUCGUUGGAGAUCUCACAGAGUAAAGCUGCUGCUGCUCUCUGGGGCUUUUUGGGGAUCCCUCCUCUCCGUUCCUCUCCGCUCCUCUCCUCUAACAGUAGCUCUCUGUUUCUUUGCGCACUACGACUGACGCUGGGGGAUCCGAGCGCAUGUGUUUGUGUGUUGACGGACAGACGGACGGAGAGACAGAAAGACGCACCCACGCGUUUGUUUUGAAAUAGGAUGGACAGAUGAGGAGAAGGUCGAUAUCCUACCCUGGUAUUCUCCCUGAGAGAGACUAUUGCUGGGGAAGAGACAAAGGAGGGAGGAAGAGAGGGAUGGCAGAGAGAUUAGAAGAGGAAAAGGAAGGGCCCGACCAUGAACUCAUGUUAGUAAUGUCAGUCAGUCCCUCUCCUCAUUGGCCAGAGACACUUUGUGGAUUAAAUGAUGGACGAGGGGAAAAAACAAGAGGGAUUUGGAAAUAUCCACUCUGGGACUUUCCUGACUGACACAUGGACACCACUCACCCUACCACCCACCCACACAUCACCCACUCUCACUCAUUGUGAACUGUUCAGGUCCUCGUACUAGUUACAGCCCACUUUUCCCUCAUUGUCCGACGACACCUUUUACUUUCUAGCAUCAUGAUUCAUUAAAGUUGUUACUUGAAAAAAAGGUUUGUAAAAGAACAUGAUUCCUUUUCGUAGUGUCAUAUUGUUGGUUCAUUUCUGGUUUUCAUUGCUGGUAUUGUUGAACUUGCAGAUAUAUUUUUUUUUUGUGAUGUGGUAUUGUCGCAGCUCAUGUCGUGAUGGUGUAUGUGAUAAACACACACACACACACACACACACACACACACACACACACACACACACACACACACACACACACACACACACACACACACACACACACACACACACACACACACACACACACCCUGCAACCCAGGACUGGGAGAGCAGAGAGCAGGACUUAAAGAGGGAGAAGAAGAUGAGGGGUUUUAUGUGGGCUCCACCCCGUCAGGGUAUAGGGUGCUCAUUAUAGCCCCUCUGUGGGGUCAGGGCUAGCCAGGUGGCUUCUGAGAAGGGUGUGGGAGCUAAGCGAACAAUAGAGCAGCACUUUUAACCCCCCUGAUAUCCCUCCACCCAGGCAGUCAGUCACAGAGAGGGAGAGAGUGGCAGUGGUAGUGUGAGAGAGAGUGAGAGAGAGAGACUGUAUCCCUUCAGUAAUGGAUAACAGUAGCGAGGGCUGGCUUGAAUUUUCCACAGAUAGGACUUUACAACAUGAAGAGGUGUUAAUUAAACUGGAAGUACAGGCAAUCAGAUAUCCCAACCUGCCUUACUGCUGCAGUUUCCGAGACAUUGAAGAAAGGUAAAGAUAAGAGAGUCCCAGGUCUAGUUGAGUUUAACCCAGCCGCUGGCUAAAACAGCUCUAGGUACUGUAUUGUCUGCUCCCAGGGGCAGCAAGGGCCCCGGAGGCCCCAAAAUGGCCCGAACAGGUGGACUGGUGCUCUCAUACUCAACUUUUAAAAAGCACAGGGACAUCAAAGCGCAUUGUCACUGUUUUUCAAGCAUCAUCUUUAGCAUUUCCUUAUUGUGAGUUUUUGAUUAUUAUAAUUUUUUGUAACAAAAUAGGUGUACAUUUUAAAGGAGGACAUUUGAAAACAAAAAAGGAAGGCAAAAAACCAUCUGAAAAAUGCAGAAUAUAUUUAUGAUAGACACAGAGCACAGGUGUUGUCAGAAAGGCGGUAAUGAGAAGUUAACGUUAAUAUAUUAUGGUAUAAAAGUGCACAUUAUGCAAGCUAGGGUUUUCAUGAUUUGAUAUCUAUUUCACCCAUAAUGUCCCACCUUUUCAUCAACUCCCACCCAAAUGGCUGCCUUUUUUUCCAGAUAUACAGGGCUAGGGCCUGGGAAGGGGACAGGGAGGGCAGCCUGGACGCAUGUCCCGAAGGGGAGAGGAGGUUGUUGGACCCAAAAUAGCAUAACCGGGUGCACGAGGCAGACCAGCAGUAUAUCCCACACUCCACUGUAGCAUCUCCCAAAGGACCAUGGGAAGAUUCCCACGAUUACCCUGUGCCCCCUUCCCCCUCACUACCACGUGGUAGUGUUUUCUCUGUGUGUGAGAGUGAGUGUGUGUGUGUACCUCCUCUUGAGCAAGUCCAGUGAGACAGCUAUUUGCCUGUUUAUUCACAAAAGAAAACGAGAACUAGAUUGUGACUUAGACCACGCCCCAAACAUGUAUCUGCUCACUACCAACAUUCUCAUUAGUUCAUUAAGAACAUCAAAUUUCACCGAAAAAGCCAAGCCUUGUAUGAUACAAGGUUUGUGCCUCUAAGAGGCUACAAAAUCUGCAAUAUGCAAUUUUUCUUUAUUUUUUUAAGAAUUGAGAGAAACCUACACCUAUGGAAAGUGUUCUUAAACCACUGAGAGAUGUAACAACAAACGAAACAAAAACAAAACUAGCAAAGUACGUCACACGAGCCUGCUGUUAGGUUUUCAUUUGUAGUAUUAUUUUAAAUGUUUUUUUUUGUUGUUUUUUUUACUGUGUGCCGUAGUUCCAAGGUAAACUGUGAAAAAAGAAACAUUUUCAAAAUGAAAUGCACCUGGACAGUUAUUUAAGAAAUAGCGAAAAACACUAGGAAUCACAUACAAAUUGCUGUUUAGUUGCUGUCUGACUGCGGCAGAAUAUGACAAUCUUAUUAGUUUCUUUGAAUCUGAUGUCCUUAUCCUAGCUAACGUACAACUGAUAUCCUCCUAACAUUACUAGGGUAGAUUUUCUGUCUUGUUAUAUGGAUGAAAUAUCGCGGCAAUGUUGAGAGAAUGUUAGUAACCUGGCUAGGAAAAGUACUUCAGGCUACUGUAAAAUGCCUUGCUCGUAUUGGUCAGCCCUUGGUCACCUGACUCAGUAAUUUUGCACCGUUCUUCUGUAGGUAAGAAACUGUAAAUACAUUAAUGUUUGUAUUGUAUAUGGAUCCUGGGUUGUUACGAUAGCCUUAUUCACCUUUUUAGGAAAGUAAAUGAAAAAAAAAAUGAAAAAACAGAAUACACUACAGUUAAACAGAGCAUACUACUUUUUUUGGUAAAUAGCUUGUGUAAAUAUUGACAAGAACCCAAUAAAACAUUUUUUUUUUUUUUUAUAAACUCUUAAAGUAAGAUGUUUUGUAUAAAAUUUCAAUUUUUUGCUAUGUAUUUUAGCUAGUGCUCGUUGGAAAGCCCCGUGUCCUCCCACUCCCUCCCCUUUUGCACUGUUUCCAUGGAAAUUUGGUUUUAAAAAAAAAAUGAGAAAAAGUUGCCAAACCGACUGCUGCAUAUUCGUGCCAUAAGUGUGUACCAUAAAUAUUUAUUGAAUUCGUUUUUUUUCUUCUGUUUUUGAUUUGAUUUCUGUCCAGUUUUUAAGUAACACAGUAUUAUGAUUGCGUUGUUAAUUUGUCUCCCUGGUUUCUUUAGUCUGUUUUGAUAGGUUUCCAGGUGGCAGUAUCCGUAGCCACUCCCCUUGCAGUUUGAGAUGGCCAGACCGUUGAAAUGAUUAAACAUUCAAGAAAUGAAAGUGAGGAAAAAUGACACACAUUCCACCAGUCUGUUACGAACUGAAAAUGUUUUUCAAUAAAAUGUUUUUCCUAUGGA